AUGAGCUACUCGGACAUUAAAGGCAUAAAAAUCGCCAUUGAUCGAGGAGGUACGUUCUGUGACAUUAUUGCCAAAAUCCCCGGCCAGCCGGAUUUUGUGUUUAAGUUACUAUCCGUGGAUCCUCUCAACUAUCCAGAUGCUCCUACUGAAGGUAUCAGAAGAGUAUUGGAACAUGCCCAUGGUGUGGAAAUUGCCAAAGGUGAAAAAUUGAAAAUCGAUUCAAUUGACCUGAUCCGUAUGGGAACUACAGUAGCCACCAAUGCGUUGCUAGAGAGAAAGGGCGCUGCUGUGGCUUUGGUCACCACCAAAGGUUUCAAAGAUGUGCUCCGCAUUGGAAACCAGACCAGACCGGCCAUUUUCGACCUCACAGCUCACAAGUUGGGCCAUUUGUACCUGGAAGUGUUGGAAAUUGACGAGAGAGUGACCAUGGAGCUGUUUACGGAAGGCGGAGGUGAUAAGUUGAAAGAGAAGUUGAAGAAGAGACUUGACGUGGGAGAAAUCGAUGACCCCGAGUUGGAUGUUGGAGUCACUGGGGAUAUUGUGCGUGUUUUGAAGAAGCCAAACUAUGAGGAAGUGGAGAAACAGCUCACAGAGUUGUACAACGCAGGAUCAAUCAAGACGUUGGCAUUGUGCUUACUCCAUUCUUAUGCCUAUCCUAGCCACGAGCAGAAGAUCGCAGAAAUUGCAAAGAAAAUCGGCUUUGCUGUAUCUGUUUCUCACGAGUUACAACCAAUGAUCGGUAUGGUUAACCGCUGUUCUUCCACCGUAGCUGAUGCAUACUUAUCCCCCGUGAUCAAUAACUACAUCCAGGGUUUUGGAGAGGGCUUUGAAGGUGGCCUCGAGUCCUUUGGAAACAAGCUCUUGUUCAUGCAAAGUAACGGAGGUUUGUGUCCGUGGUACAAAUUCACGGGACUUCGGGCCAUUUUAUCUGGUCCAGCUGGAGGAAUGGUUGGAUACGGUGAAACAUGCUAUGAUGAGACCACCAAAACCUCUGCAAUUGGUUUUGACGCUGGAGGAACAUCCACCGAUGUUUCCAGAUACGCCGGAACUUUGGAGCACAUCUACGAGACCGUGGUCAGCCAGGUAAGUUUACAGACCCCACAGUUGGAUAUUUCCACCGUGGCUGCUGGAGGUGGCUCGAUGCUUUUUUGGAAGAAUGGAAUGUUCAUGGUGGGUCCCGAGUCCGCUGGUUCAGAUCCUGGCCCUGCGUGCUACAGAAAGGGAGGGCCAUUAACAGUGACUGAUGCCAACUUAUUUUUGGGGAAGUUGAUUCCAGGUUACUUUCCUAAGAUCUUUGGACCCAACCAGGACGAGCCGCUCGAUUACGAGGUUACGAGGACUAAAUUUUUGGAGCUCACAGAGCAGAUCAAUGCUGAGGGUGCUAGUUACUCUCCUGAAGAGGUUGCGUCCGGAUUCUUAAAGGUUGCCGUGGAGGCCAUGGCUCGUCCUAUUCGUAACUUAACAGAGGCCAAAGGUUACAAUGUUUCUGAGCACAACUUGGCAUGUUUCGGAGGUUCCGGUGGCCAGUUCUCGGUCGCACUUGCUAAGAAUUUGGGCAUUAACCAAGUUGCAAUCCACAAGUAUUCGUCAUUGCUUUCAGCAUACGGAAUCUAUUUAGCUGAUAUUGUCAUCGAGAAGCAGGCUCCGAUAUCGUUGGCUUACAAUAGUGAAAGCGUGGCAGCUAUCGACAAGAAAGUGGAAGAACUUGUUGCUGCAGCUUACAAGGAUUACGAGGAUCAGGGGCAUCAGGGCUUUGAUACGAAGAUUGAAGUCUUCUUAAACAUGCGUUACGUUGGAUCUGACACUCACCUUCUCAUUGCCAAGGGCGACAAGAAUGAUGCAGACAAGAAAUUCAUCGAGAGACACAGAAACGAGUUUGGUUUCACUUUGGAUAGGAAAGUCCUCUUGGAUGACAUUGAAGUGUUGUUGAUAGUGCAAUCGAAGGAUAAGCAUAAGAACAACCCAUAUGAGGAGUUCAGAAACCUCACCAAUCCAACAGCUGCAUCAAAACCCCAGUCAUCCGAGAGAGUUUACUUCGACGAAAUUGGAUGGCAGACGACCAAUGUAUAUGAGUUAGAAAACCUCCCUAAAGGUACCAUCGUCGAGGCUCCAGCUGUGAUUCUCGAUAGCACGCAAACAAUUCUUGUUGAUCCUGGAUCGAAGGCUGCUAUCCUCUCUGAACAUAUUCUUAUUGUAAUUCAACAGGAGGAAAGGGCCAAAUUGUCCGAGAAGACAGUGGAUCCCAUACAGCUCUCAGUUUUUGGCCAUAGAUUCAUGUCUAUUGCGGAGCAGAUGGGCCGCACUUUACAACAGACAGCUAUUUCUACUAAUAUCAAAGAGAGGUUGGACUUUUCGUGUGCGCUUUUUGACAGCAAUGGAGACUUAGUAGCCAAUGCACCUCAUGUUCCCAUUCACUUGGGCGCAAUGUCCUUUGCCGUGAAAGCACAGAAAGAAUUGUGGGAUGGAAAGCUUGAGCAAGGUGACGUCCUUGUAACUAACCACCCAUGUGCGGGAGGUUCCCAUCUUCCAGACAUUACCGUCAUUACGCCAGUCAUCGAUGAUGAUGGAAAGGUGCUUUUCUGGACAGCUUCGAGAGGCCACCAUGCGGAUAUUGGCUCUAUCUCUGCUGGCUCCAUGCCUCCAAAUUCGAAGACUAUUUACGAUGAAGGUGCAGCCAUCAUUACUCACAAGUUGUGUUCCAAGGGUAAGUUUGAUGAAGAAGGAAUUACUCGACUUUUGUUGGACGAGCCUGCCAAACACCCUGGAGGUUCUGGAACCAGAGCAUUGAGCGACAAUAUCUCAGACUUGAAAGCGCAAGUCUCCGCCAACUUCAAGGGUAUAACUUUGUUGAAAGGAUUGGUGCAAGAGUACACGUAUCCCGUGAUUGACUUGUACAUGACUGGAAUCCAAGAUACUGCUGAGUUGGCGGUGAGAAAUUUGUUGAAAACAGCUUACGAAAGGUUCAAUGGCCACAAUUUGCAGGCUAUCGACUACUUGGAUGACGGAACCGAAAUUGCUGUUCAAAUCGCAAUUGAUCCAGAAACUGGAGAUUCGGUUUUCGAUUUCACAAAGUCUGGAGACGAGAUGUACGGCAAUCUAAAUGCUCCAAAGGCUAUUUUGUACUCGGCAGUCCUCUAUGUGUUGAGGUCAUUGAUCAGUGAAGAAAUCCCAUUGAAUAAUGGAUGUCUCAAACCAAUCAAGUUCAUCACCAGGCCAAAUUCCGUUGUGGAUCCGUCGUAUGAAGCAGCUGUCGUUGGAGGAAAUGUGGAGACCACCCAGAGAAUUGUGGAUGUAAUGUUGAAGGCGUUUGAGGCGGCAGCAGCAUCUCAGGGCACUUGUAACAACUUCACUUUUGGUAUCAAUGACAAGGAAAAUGCUGUCUCCUUUGGAUAUUAUGAAACCAUCUGCGGAGGAUCUGGUGCUGGACCAACUUGGGACGGACAGAGUGCCGUUCAGUGCCACACCACAAAUACCAGAAUCACCGAUACCGAGCUAUUUGAAAAGAGAUAUCCAGUGAUAGUUCGCGAGUAUUCUAUUAGAGCCGGUUCUGGAGGAGAAGGCGACCACCGUGGAGGAGACGGAGUGAUUCGAGACAUCGAAUUCUCCUACGAUGGACUUGAAGUAUCGUGCCUCAUGGAGCGUCGUUCCUUGGCUCCUUUUGGAUUGGCAGGGGGAUCUAGUGGAGCUAGGGGUCGUAAUGUGUGGAUCAAGAAACCCAAGAAGGGCGAAGAAGCUCGAUCUACAUAUCUUGGAGGAAAGACUACUGUCAAGGUCAAGAAAGGAGACCGAGUGAUUAUAAUGACUCCUGGCGGAGGAGGAUACGGAGGAAAAUCCAAGGCUACUGCUACUGAUCAACGUACUGUGGACUAUGGAGUGAAGAGCACAUUACCUAGUCGGGUGACUGGAUCGGUGGUCAGCAAAACUAUGGCUAGCACCAAACAGAAGCAUCUACCGUUGCUCUACAAUCCGCUUCUCAACAGUAUCUUUAACAACCCAAUCCAUGAAAAAUCUGCUCUUCGGUUCACCAUCCAGGAGAUCGGUCAAGCACACAAUGACUUUGCAAUUUUGGUUCCUCCAGCCCAGAUCCUCCAUGAAUUUCAGGAUGAUUCCUCUCAGAAGCUCGUGGAUGUUUGCUAUUCCAAUGAUGAUUUUGUGAGAUCACAUAUUAUUAAGAUUAAGGUGGCAUUUUCCGCCACUUCUGCGCCAGGGUCCAAGGUGCAGCUGAUCAUCUACAACACCAUGAAUGGCAAGCAGGUACUCAUCAAAAACCGGAUGGUUUACACGGGAAAAGGCUUCAAGAAGAGCAUGAAGCUUUCAAUCGUAGAUGUGGGCCAUUUUGUCUCGUUCUGUGACUAUUUCCCAAAGGGAAGUCGCUUUCUAGUACUUUACAUUCAAGAUACUUUAUAUGGACACAAGAUGACGGGACCAAAUCCGCCAAUGGUGAAGGAGCUGCCCAAACCGAGAACACAGCCCAUCAUUGGACAAGAUGUCACUUUUGAGCGGAUUCUACGAACUUUUCCUGUGCUCUCACAGGCGAUGUCCGAGCAUUUCUACGUUCUCUUCCACCAUAACAAUCGGCAGUUCCAGCGUCUUCGAACACGAAGCAGAAUGCCACUAGAAACUAUUUCGGGUGACUUCCAGACUGUCAUCAGCGAGACAAAUGGCAUUAUCACCAAAUGCGUGUUUGCCAAUACUACUGAAGGUGACAAAGCUUAUAACAUCAUCAAUGCCAUUCUCAAGGAGUAUCCACGACUAGAUAUGGAUAAAUUGAUUCACGAGUAUGUGGAACUUAACAUCUACGAUACUGUGUGGCUGCAGCUUGUUUUCCAAUAUCAAAAUUAUAGACCCGAUGAUGGCAUUGGCGGAGAGGAUCUACCAGUCUUACUCUUGACGCAAAGUUUGUACAAAGACCUUUCAUGCUUGUCUUUGAACCAGCUCGACAUACCUACAGAAGAGCCGUGGAUUAUGAAUACCUUGUACAAACGAGUUUCAGAGGCUAUAGAGACUUUCUCGAAGUUGGGAGAUCCCAGCACGUCCAACUGGAGCCUGAAGGUCAAGAUCAUCACCGACACCAUGAAGAUUCUCACCGAAGGGGCAAAAGCUGAAGGGACAAAAGCUAGAAAUAUUGUUAUAGACGCAGAUACGCUUAUAGGGCUCUCAAUCAUGGUGGUCGUGCACUCAAAAGUACCAUAUUUGGAAGCACAUCUUCAUUAUAUUCGCCAUUUCGAAGUGAAAAAGCAUUUUCUGAAUAGUUCCGAGGCUGAUGAUGUUGCUGACAGUGGACUUCUCAAUUAUAUUCUCAGCAACUUUGAGGCAGUGAUCUAUCAUCUUUCCAAUGGAGAGCUGAACUUGCAUCUAGAGGAGAUGUCUCAGCUUUCCACUCUCAACUAUCAGUUUUGGUCGGCCAUACAGAAGAAAAACAUUUCUCAGGUAAGUCAGUUAUUAGACCAGGUUGCUGAGGAGUACGGGCAUCAACCAUUGCCCAAGAACCACUACUUGAGAAGCAGAAACAUCCACGGAGAAAGCUGCUUUACAUUUGCUAUUCGUUCUAAAAAUAGCAAGAUAUUCAGAAUGCUCAUUACCAGAACCGUGGAUUGGAUUCUGUUUGAAGAUUUGAUCUUCGAUAUGAAUACUUCCACUGACCAGAACUUGCUAAUGUUGGCUCUUCAGGAGGAAGCCCACGACAUGUGCAUGUGUAUCAUUGACACAAUAGGCGAAACAGCCACAGUAGAGGAACAAUAUCUCUAUUACAACUCCAAGGAUAUCAAUGGCAGGACCGUUGGCCACUACUUGUCACACGACACGGCCGUCUUAGAUGCGAUUGGCAAUUCGAUUGACUGGAAAGCAAAAGAUAGUAACUCAUAUACACCAUUGCUAAGCUUGUGCCGAUGCUACGAUCAUCCUGAUUACUAUACGUUGAUACGGAAGGCUUUUGAGUGUGUGGCGAAUACUCAGGAUGGCUAUAUUACUUAUGAUGACCACAUCGACAAAUCUGGCAAUACGUUGCUUCAUGUCAUAGCCAAAGACAUCAAAGCCUCUGGGUUACUCAACGAGUCUAAGUCAUUGAUCAAUGUCAACAAGUUCAACAAUAAAUACCUUCUGCCUAUUGGGGUUUUUAUUCGCUAUAGUCGGUUGGAGAACUUACGGUGUCUAUUCGAGGACAAACGGCUUAUUUUUGAUUUGGAGGAUCCUCAGAACUUCUAUAAUGUCCUAGACUACUACAGCUUCUCUGCGAGCAGAGCACAGAAUGGCAAUCCGGGAGCCAUAGGGGAGAUUCGCCAGGCUGUGGUGUCGAAGUUUUUCCGCCAUUAUUUUCCAAAUAAGCUUUCCAUAGAGUUUGGUGCCAUGAACGCACGCUAUGAUGGAAACAUGAAAGACUGGAUUGUCAAUCUAGCCUACAAAGAUUCUGGAGAUUCCGGUUUCUCGUCCAUGGUCAAAAUCGCCAACAAAUCAGUAGAGAAAGAUGCUGUGGCUACAAGGUAUGUUCCAUUAAAUCAGCUCCGGCAGUUUACCAAGAUUAUUAAAAUUGCAUCACCAUUGAGUUUCACCAUGAUUCCAGAAGCGUUUUGGGUCAAUUUUCCCAGUGGAGGCUCUACCAUCCCGUUUUGUUCGAAGUUCAGAACAAACAGAGCAUUGGAGCAUUUGAACAUGUUGUUUCAGUCAAUGAACUUCCAAUCUAAAACGUCCCAGACUUUGUUUCUCCGAAGCUUGACUAUGUGCUGCCGAAAUGAACCCAUUCUGGUUUUGGAUUUCAUGAAUGACUAUGCUCAUAAGCAAGAGAUCGAGAAGACCGACAUAGGUGAAGUUAAGUUGUCUCCGCAGAAAAUCGAUGAGAUCGAUUAUUUUUUAGGAUACAGCAAAGACGAUCUUUUGAAGUACAUGCGUCAGAUCUCCAAGCUCAACAAACUCUCUGCUGUAGGAGGUAUAAAGCAAUGCGAUUAUCGGGCUGUGUUUGACCAAUUGUUGACGACCUUACCUGGAGUGAAGUGGGACGAGUUGGAACCAAAGAAAGAGGCCAGAACCAUUGAUGCACUGUAUCAUACUUUUCAGUCGUUUGUGCUAUGGAUUGAGAUUUGUGUUGCCGAACUUCUUAAGAACUGCGGGAUUGUAGUUGACAAACUCAAUCGAUGGAGGCAAAAGUAUACAAAAAUCAAGGAGAUCAAUGCCGAGCUCCACCGGUUCGAAGAGCAAAUCGUCGUUCACCGCACUGAAGAUGGGGAGGAGAGACCCGGCACGAUUUCAAGACGAAGCACCAUGUCUCUCGAUGCAAUUCCGAUUGAAGAUGAAGAGAGCAAGUCCACAUUUUUUGGAUUGAUCGACAACAAAAAAAGUCGUUACCGCAAGUUACUUUUCUCUAAGGCUGAAGAAGUGAAGAAGGUGAUGGACCUCAAUGUGGAGAUUAAAAUGGAGCAUGAGGCGAUUGCUGCAGAGAUCUCCCAUUUCCUAGCAUUUAGGUCUGGGUUCAUGGCAUUUGCCAUCAAGCAAUUUACUAAGAGUACGUUGGUGCUGUUGCGUCACCGUCAAUACGAGAUGACCAAGACGUUGUAUGAGACCCGAAGCUCCGAGAAGGUGACUUCAAUUAACAGAUUCGAUGGGGCACCCAUAAACACAGUUGAGGAACCCAAGAAUUCUCAUGGAUGA